AUGGGCUGCUUGCAGAGCGUGGCGUGUAAGGCGCGAGUGCGCAGGGAGAACAUCGUGGUAUACGACGUGUCGGCCUCCAUUGAACCGGGAGCCACAGCCAUCGAGGAGACAUCGCCCAUCGUGCUGCGCUACCGAACGCCCUAUUUCCGCGCCGCCGCUCGUGUCCUUAUGCCGCCUAUUCCGCGCCGCCACACCUGGGUGGUGGGUUGGAUCCAGGCCUGCAACCACAUGGAAUUCUACAACACCUACAGCAACCUGGGCAUGUCAAGCUGGGAACUUCCAGACUUGAGAGAAGGACGUGUAAAAGCCAUCAGUGAUUCUGAUGGAGUGAGCUAUCCCUGGUAUGGGAACACCACAGAAACAGUUACCCUGAUUGGUCCUACCAAUAAGGUUACCAGGUUUUCAGUCAGUAUGAAUGACAAUUUUUAUCCUAGUGUGACAUGGGCUGUCCCUGUCAGCGAUAGCAAUGUGCCACUAUUGACUAGGAUCAAACGGGACCAAAGUUUUACUACAUGGUUAGUGGCCAUGAAUAUGACCACUAAGGAAAAAAUAAUCUUGCAGACUAUAAAAUGGAGGAUGAGAGUAGACAUUGAAGUUGAUCCCAUGCAGCUCUUGGGCAAGCGAGCCCGCCUGGUGGGGAAAACUCAACAGGAGCAGCCUAAGAUUUUGAGCAGAAUGGAACCCAUCCCACCAAAUGCACUAGUGAAGCCCAAUGCCAAUGAUGCCCAGGUCCUCAUGUGGAGGCCUAAGAGAGGUCUGCCUUUGGUAGUGAUACCACCAAAAUAA